AGUUUCUCUCUCCUGGGAGGAAAAAAAAGAGACGUCAACAAAAGAGAGGGAGAAGAGGGUAAUAAAAAUGGUAAACCAUUUAUUUUCUCUCUCCUCCUCCAUUACCACCACCACCACCACCACCACCACCACCAUGCCCUCUCCUUCACUUCCUUCUUCCUCCUCCUCUCAUAAUCACCACCACCACAAUCACAACCACCACCAUCAAAAACCUAAUAAGAAAACAUCAACAAACACAAACCCUAAUAACCCGAAUUCCUCCACAUUACUGUGCAAACACUCACCCUCAGCAACAUUAGAUAUAUUAAUCUUAAUCUUAGUAUUAUUCUCAUGCACAUUCUUAAUUACAUCAUACUUUUCAUACAUUUUAACAUCACUCUCAAAAAUCAUACCUAUCUCAUCACAAAUUGAUUCGUUCAAGCAAUCGCCAUUCCCGUAUUUAUUAGGGUUUUUGAUCUUCUUCGCUGUGUCGGUGGUUCUUGUUGAGAUCUGUUGUAAUUCAUUUAAAUCGAGGAAAUGUGAUAACCCUAAUUGCAAAGGUUUGAAAAAGGCUAUGGAAUUUGAUAUACAAUUACAAACCGAAGAUUCGUUGAAGAAAUCGUUGAGUACUACCGGGGCUAAUUGUUUGGAAUUUGAUAAUCUUCCUUGGAAAGGUGGAAACCAGGUCAAUCCUGAUUAUGAGUGUUUGAGAUCUGAACUUAGAAGAAUGGCUCCUCCUAAUGGUCGUGCUGUUUUGCUUUUUAGGACAAGAUGUGGUUGUCCUAUUGCUAAACUUGAAGCUUGGGGACCUAAACGUGGUCGCCGCCACAAGAAGGCUCUGAGCAAUCUGGUGCUCGACGGAGGAGGGGGAGAUCAUCACUAGUUUUGUUUUAUGUGGGGAUUUUCAGUCAGUCGUUCAGGUCAUAUUAGUAUCUCCGUGCUCUUAGUUUUUUGAUAUUGUUGUUGAGGCCGCGUUCGGGAUUUUUGGAGUCCUCGGAAUUUUCUUGUUUCUUGAAGAGUUAAACUGCUGUACUGUAGUGCCUGAGAACAAAUCUUUCUUGAACUUUAUUUACAAAGCCUGACGACGGCUGUCUUACCCAUUAUGUGGUGUUUAAACAAACUUUACUUAUCCAGUGUAUCCUUUAUAUUGCGAUUGGUUUUUUUCUGGUUAUUGUUAUAGAUUUUGCUGAAAAAGGAAGGAUAGACUGGAAUCAAUACCUAGUAAUUUAUCUUACUUGUUUUACUCUCUGCUCA